ACCUUGAACGUGUGUUCUGUAUCGUCUGCAUAUUGUUGACAUCGUCAAUAGUGAUUUCCUGAAAAGCAAAUAUUUCAAAAAUAAUUUAAAUAAAAAAAUUAAAAAAAACCAUUUAUAAAGAAAUUUUAUUAUUAUUGGAAAAGCGAGUGUUUUUGUGUAUUAAAGCUUCAAAAUGAGUUUCAUUCAGUUUGAUAAUAUUUGUCAUAUACCCGAAGAGGAUGAGGAGGAAUAUGAAGAUGAAGACUUCACUAUUUCGAUACAGGAGUUACCUAUGGAUUUACCCGAAAUUGAGCGAACUAUAUUGCCACCUAGAGAGGACGGAGAACCAGAAAAAGUCGAAAUUAAAAUUUCAAUGCGUAAAAUUGAGGCUGAUUCUCCGUUGCUACCCAUUAAAGAGGAUAGUGAAGCGGAGGGAAGUAGUAGGGAAAGCAUAGCUACUCCGCUGCCUACUGUCACUUUUUCCGAGCCACCAAGCAGCUUUACUACACCGACUAACAACAUAUCGCGAAGGUUGUCGACCAUUUUUCCAAAAGCGUCUGCAGAAUUAAGUCCAGGCCAUAAACGUUACUCGAUACCUUCACUACUGCCCGGUUCACGUAAGCUUAGCAUAGGAAAUAUUGCGCAACCAUUACAUAAUUUAUGGGAUAAGACAACUGGAGAAUAUCAGCGACGUAAAUCCAUACCCGCCCUAAUGAGAUACGAAAAAAAAGACGAAGCCGGCUAUAAAUCGCCUACCGGACGCCGCUUUACCCAAUGCUAUAGUUUAUAUCCAAAGGAUUUCUUUUGGAAUAUCGAAGGUAAACCACCGCAAUCCAGUACGAAAAUGCAAGCAAAAGUUGAUGCGGUUGGACGUGUAACUGGCGAAUGGGGCAAAUGGCAAUUGCGUACCGUCCUUCUCAUAUUUCUUUGUAAAAUACCGUCGUCUUGGUUCAUGGCAUGUAUCAUAUUCACGGCACCCGCUCCCCGUCAUGGUGAAUUCUUUUGCAAACCACCAAGCCAGCUAGGCGUACAGAAUCAAACGCUAUGGAUAAAGGUAUCGCACCCUCAAAAGGAAGAUGCCGACGAUCAAGAAUUUAACAUAGAUUUUUGUAAUGUCUACAAAGAUGCUCAGGCUCAUGCCCAUCAUUAUUACAGAUACACUGAUCCGGAUGAUGAGCCCCGUGCAUGGGAGCAGCCGCUCCCCAAUAAAACAGAUGUGAUCCCUUGCACUCAUUUCGAGCAUCGAGCCGACUUUCAUUCAGUUAUAACGCAAUUCGAUUUGGUUUGUUCGCGCGAUAUAUUAGUGUCGGUGACGCAAUUCUUUCAUUUAUUUGGUGUUUUAACCGGCGGUAUAUUAGCGAUUCAUUUGCUGAAAUAUUUCAGUCCACGGAAUGUUAUGCUAUUCGGUAUGAUAACGCAAAUCUUUUGUGGCAGCCUAACUGGUCAAGUCUCAUCCUAUGAAUUGCACGUAUUUUUUCGUUGCCUAUCGGCUGUAUGUUGUGCGCAAAUGUACACCGCCGGAGGCAUGAUAAUGGCCGAUAUUACUGGUGGUACUUAUAAGACUUGUGUGUCUACAUUGUUUGAGCAAUUUUGGUCUAUUGGUGUUAUUUUAUUGCCGGGUGUGGCCAGUUUUUUUUCGGACUGGACUCAUCUUUAUAUGGCCAUCUCUUGGCCGACUGUGAUACUUAUUUAUUUGUGGCAAUGGAUACCAGAUUCGCCGCGUUGGAUGGUUAGUCGCGGUCGGGUUUUAGAAGCCAAAAAAAUACUUAUCGAGUGUGCAGACGUGAAUGGCACAAGACUAAGUCUUCCCUACGAUAUUGAUCAGCAGUUGCAACUGCAAUCGCAAACCGCUUUAGAUGCACCGCCACCGGCAAAUUGGUGGUCAUUAUGGAAGGGUGAGCGCGCUAUACGUCAUAUGAUCUGUGUGCACCUGUGUUGGUCCAUUUAUAUUGUUGUAUACUAUGGCAUGUUAUUGAAUAUACGUUCAUUUAGUCGUGAACACUUGGAAGUUAAUACUGUGAUAGCUGGCAUCUGUGAAAUAAUCGGCACCUUUAUUGGUCUUGCUCUAAUAUUGGCCACAACACGUAAAUGGCUGUGGACCGGACUUUUCAAUAUAAUUGCCGGUCUUAUAGCUUAUACGUGUUGGCUAAUGCCACAUGACAUUGAUAUUAAUUCUCGCGUUGCCUUGCUUAUGUUAACGGCUAUGGUAUCGAAAGUUGCAAUAUCAUGUACGCUCGCCAUUCUCACCACUAGUACUAUUGAAUUAGUAAGCAACGAGAAGCGUAGAGUGUGCGCUAUAUCGACAAUAUGCUGGGCACGUUUUUGGCUGCUGGGUGCUCCGUUUGUUGGAAACACGAUAGUAUUUGGUCAAUUAGUGCCGCAAACGGCUUUUGCAUCGAUGGCAAUUGUUGGUGGUCUGUUAAGCUCACUUAUUUCUAGUCCGCCGACUACGGCUGUUGCGAGAAGGAAAGCCUCCCAAGCUACCAGUAAUAUGGCUACGGCUACUCAACUAAAUAAUAUUGGACGUAAAAGCGUUGCCGGUAUUGAUAAUAAGGCCUUCGCCAAGGGACCUAUAUUUAAUAAUGCAAACGGUAUAAAUCCUCAAGCAAAUCUACCUCCAGAACUCACGCCAGAUAUAUGGACGACAAAAAUGCACAAUAAGCCGACGAUAUGAAUCAAAAAUUCUUAUAUCGUUCUCAGUUUUAAUCUUAAGAUGCACUUUUCCACACCUGAACAUGAACACAAACAUACACAUGCAUAAAAAUAACUUAGAAAAUGCUUCUUUUUUUUACUAUUUCCCAUUUUAUCU